GAAGUGAGAGAUGAGUGCUAGGAAGAAGAAACACUCUCAGAAGAAGGCGUGAUUCGUUGACUCAGCCGACGACAGAGAAGAAGCAGCAGCUCCUCUAUGUGUAGAUGGGACCAGAGGUGUAGAGGGGUCAGUGCAGAUCAGGAACCUUAAAAAGUGACCAGUAGUCGAACAAAUAAAAGGCCUCUUGGAUUUUGAUUGGCUGAUUUUUCACAUCAGCUGAAUAUGACUGCUUUUGACUGAUUGAUAGGUGGCACUUUCAUCAGGAUGAACGAUACAGGGGACAUGGUGUGUGAAGGAUGGCUGCGAAAGUCUCCCCCAGAGAAAAAGCUGCGGCGUUACGCAUGGAAGAAACGUUGGUUUGUGUUGAGAAGUGGCCGGCUGACUGGAGAACCGGACGUCCUACAAUAUUACAAGAACCAGCAAUCCCGUAAUCCAAUAAGAACCAUUAACAUGAACCUCUGUGAACAGGUAGAUGCUGGCAUGUCAUUCACAAAGAGGGGGCUGGAGAGCAGCUUUGUUUUCGACCUGAAGACAGUGGAAAGGACCUGGUACCUGGUAGCUGAGUCUGAAGAGGACAUGAACCGUUGGGUGUCUUCAAUCUGCCUGCUCUGUGGCUUCAACCCAACUGAUGAUGUUCCAGAAAGGCCUCUGAUCUCCAUCUCCACCACCACUUCCAAUAUAUCUAUCAGUGGCUCUGCUCCCACCUCUAGGGUUACAGGGACUGCCCCACUCUCAUAUGACCCAGUGACUGUGCGACACAUGGAGCCUGAUUGCAAUGCAGAGGAUGAUUACCUGUGGUUAUCACACUGCCAGAGUCACAUCAGGCCUUCAUUAGGUUUCUCCACUUCUCUUGAAGCCAACUACAAUGACCACCCCUACCCUCCGAUUUCCACCACCUCCUCUUUCUCUUCCUCUUCCUCCUCACCUUCUCUCAUUCACGACAGCCUGCCUCCUCCAUCCUCACCUCCCAGCUUUAGGGCAGCUUGGACACUUGCCACCAUGACGAGCCCUCUCAGCCAAUCUCUAGAUGCCAGCAUGACCUCUGACUUGCUGAAACGAGUCAGCCAACCUCAUUGUCACCCCUCUCCUCAUCCCAGAAAACACUCUUUAGAUUUCCAGCUGCGUCCUCUGGCGAUACCUUUCAGCGAUUACGAACCCUCCAAUGUGCAUUCAAGUGCACACUCAUACACCAACAGUGGUUACCAGAUCCCGCGUCCAGCAUCCACCCCACAACCGCCUCACCCUAGUCACCUAUCUUCUACACCAAGUACAGACUCCGUAGUCCAAGUGGAGCUCCAUACUUUUACUGCAAGUCCCCCUCCACGCCCGCCAAAACCCACAGUCAUCACAGCACCUAUAGAGAGUUCUUCGAUGAGCUCAGGCUCUGCCACUCUACCCCGAAUCACCUCAGACUCAAAGAGGAGGGAAUAUGUGGAUGGAGAAGGAUAUCUUCUGAGGAGUAACGCUGAUACAAUCCCAGGACGCAUGCAGACAUGUUAUGACUCUUUUUACAUCCCUCGAUCUCGGUCUGACAGAGCAAGCAUGUUUGAGUUCAGCGACAGCUUCAACAGUUACUUUUUUAAUAAAGGCAUGGUACCCCUGGGAAGUGUUUGUUCUGAAGAUGAUGAUGUGGAUGAAAACUACGUUCCCAUGAGUGCUGCCACCACUGAGCCGCCAGUGGCACUAAAGUCAGUCAGGACAACAAAGCAAAAAAUGGUGCCUCAGCCUCCUCCUUGUGACGCCUCCACCCAACUUCAAGAUGGCAACUACGUUCCGAUGACGCUUCUGAUACCCUCCGUUCCCACUCACACAAACCCUGCCACUGGUGACCUUGGGUCUCUGGGGAUGCAUGUACCUCCACCUGCUCACAUGGGCUUCCGUAACUCCCCGCUGAAUCCCGUUGCCCCCCAUACCCCACCCCAGCGGAGACAUACCAUUAUCAGCGGUGGCGGAGGUGAAGUUGAAGCCAUGCCUCCUCCGAUCCACCGCAACCUGAAACCACAAAGGAGAGGGAUUUCUGUCAAUCAAACUUGCAUGGAAAGAAAGGAUGGCCACACUGUGGGAGAACAGAUUCAUAAAACAAGAGUGAAACCUGCUCCUCUGGACAUCACUCCACUACUCCAGGACUGGCAGGAAGUCCCACCCCCUGUGCGCUCACCUGUUACUCGAACCUUCACACGAGAUCCGUCCAGUCGUCCGUGCUUCAGGCCAAGCUCUGCCCACAGCUCCUCACCUUCCUCCGAUUCCGAUGAUCCCAAUGACAGCUACGUCGCAAUGACGACCUCCAGCCUCAGUUUUAGCGCCGGAGAGCCAUCUCUGAGACUUAUGCUACAACAGACUUCAGAGGGCGGAGUGGACAGCCCAUUGCAACGUCGAUCCAGGAGCAACAAACAAGUGGAGUACCUGGACCUCGACCUCCACACUGGACGAUCAACACCGACAAGACAGAGAUGCUGCAUAGCAGAAGGUGGAACCGGUGGCAACGAGCAGGACAGUUCAGGCAAGGAACAUGCACGAGGCAGGCGUACACGUGUGGACUAUGUCGUGGUGGACCCAGAGAAGACGAAGGCCCUCAGGAACACCCGGGAAGCAUGGCAUGAUGGGCGGAUGUCUACCGACAAGGAGAAAAGCUAGAAGUGGACAAGUGCAUUCAAAAAACAUAAACACUGAAAAAAAAGUCUGAAAAGAAAUACUUAUUAAUCCUAAAGAAAACUAUACUUAUUUAAAACUUAAAUCUGUGAGAAAUUCGAUGGCAACACGCAACAGUUUCAAUUGUAUGAUGCAAUGAACUGUGCUGAAGCCGAAUGUCAAUGAUUACUGGGAAGUAAAGAAUUCAUCACACUAAAUGCCAAAGGUGAAGUUAUGUGAAGAGUGAGGAAACGUUUCUGGAGGGCCCAGUUUGACAACAACUCAGUGUGAAAAGAAAAAUACAGUAGACACUAAGGUGACAUUAGGAACAGUCCAGAAAAUCUGAGCUUUUUUUAACUCUAUUGUGAUUAGGUCUUUCUCCAGUUGAUCCUUCAGGAAGGAAAAAACAGAAACGUUUCCUCUUCUUUGUGUAAACACAGCACCUCCUUUGUUCUGAUCUGAUUCAGGUUCUGGAAAAUUUCAUCAGUCUUAUAUUAAGUAAUAAUAUAUAAAAUAUUAUAUAAAUAAUAAGAAAGACAUUGGACAGGGGAGUCUAUCAAAUGUUCUAAUGAUUAGAAAUAAGACAAACGUUGUCCAGUGUGAAGAUUAUUGCAAAUCCUACAUGUCCACAUGAAGGGUGCAAUCUGCUACUUCUGAAUUGUGUGAUUACAGUAACAAUGAAUAAAGACUACACUUUGUUUUACUCUU